GGCUUUGACCUCCAGAGGAGUACAGACGCAGCGCUGCUAGAGAGGAGUGUUCGUAACAGGGCCACCGCUGUGGAUCCCUCCACUGUGAUCUCCUGUGUGCCCAAUGAGGGACGACUGAGACCCUACGACAGAACUACUCUGUGGGUCUGCUUCCGUCCUGUCAGCAGAAGAAGGAGCAGGGAGGAGCAGAAGACCAGUGGGGCCUCAGCAGCAGCCAGUAAACAAGACUUCUCCCUCUUCCUCAAGUUCCACACGGUGGGAAGUAAAGAUGGCUUCAACCAGCAGCAGCAGCAGCACUCCACUGUACCUCCACACAAUGGUUACUGUGUGGAGCUGGCGGUGACUGGCUCAGCCCUCCCUGUCUCCCUGGUGCCCAGCCCCGGCCACAGCUUCAGCUUCCAGCAGUGUCUGAUGGGAGAGCGUGUGGACGUCCUGUGUGUGCUCCACAACCUCUCCCCUCAUCUCCCUGUCACCUUCAAGUUCCGAAAGAUGGCCAACUUCAUCACUGACCCUCCUAGUGGAACCAUCUCCCCAGGGCAGAGCCAGGACGUGGUGCUGUCCUUCGCCCCCCACCAGAUGGGGACGUUCAAAGUGAAACAGGUGCUGGAGGUGCUGGGUCAGGUGGUACACCUGGAGCCCUCCUCCAUCAAGCUCCGCCUCCGCAGCUUCCACACCAUCACCCUGCAACUGUCAGCCGUUUGCCGGGCGGAGGCCGCAUACGAGACACCCAAACUCAACCCCGUCAUUGUUUUGUCUGUGAUGUAUCAGGAAUCACCCCGGCUGUGA